UUCGCACCUCGUCGCUAUUUACGUAGCCUGAUUACCUACGGUAAUUUUCCAUGCAACUUUUACGACACGCGAUUUUCUAACUGUAUUUCGCGCGUUACAAAUUAAUUUUUGUUCGUGAUUACUGGUAAUAUCGAUAAUUGUUCGUUGUAGAGUCGAUAUUUUUCUUUUUUGUCCUUGUCUACGUUAAAAACGCGUUAUCAUAGAUUUCUGAUGAAUGUUUUAGCAUGGUAGGAGUAGUUUAAUAGCUUUGGCGAAUUGGAGUUUAAGAUUCAUAAAAAACGAUGCUUGUGUUGUGAGUAAUCCAAGUACGUUAUUAUACCCGCAUGAAUGAAAGGGAAGGGAAACGUAAACGUUAGCAUGCUUAUAGAUCGGUAGAAACUUCCGUGCAGGGUGACCAACUGUUAAAGUUCAAUAUUUAGGUUUUUUGUGCUUGAGUAAAGUUUCUGAUGUACAUACAAUUUAUUGUUUAUUCUGACGUAUAAAAUAACAUGAAGCUGUGUCUACUUUGUUUUUAACAAAAAAGAAAAGAUUACAAGCGGAAAGUUUCAAAAUUGGUAACUCUGUUUACGCAAUGGAUUAUGUUAUACGAAAUGAAGAUGGAGACGGUUCAUUGGUGGUAGGUUUUCGAACGUAAUUUGUCGUAAUCGUUCGACAGAGGUCGCUGCUCGUACUAGCCUUGGUAUUAGCUCGCACGAGCGGACGCGGCUAGUAAGACGCCAUUGUUAGAUCGUGUUCACUCGCGUCAAGUGUUGCCGAAGUCGUAUACGCGGUAGUAUCGACGCGAGAUUUUUUGCUAAAACUUGUUUGCGAUAGAUUUCGGUGAGUUGCGUGAAAAGGUGCAGUAGUUUGUACGCGUAGGGUACGUAACGAUCAUCGGUAAACGUAAUUACGCGUAUUCGGUGAAAUUGGUGCGCCAUUUCGACAAGGUCGGUUCUAGAACGAGCCGAAAAUGCCAGGUUUUAGUAGCGUUGGCACGUUUAAAAUCUUUAUCGGCAAUUUAGCCGACAAGACGUCGAAUGCCGAUAUUAAACCGUUAUUCGAGAAAUACGGAAAGGUCGUAGAAUGCGAUGUGGUGAAAAAUUACGGAUUCGUGCAUAUGGAAAAUGAAGAGGCAGGGAGAAACGCGAUACAAAAUUUGAACGGACAAAUAGUUCACGGGCAGCCGAUUAAAUGCGAGGCCGCAAAGAGUCGUAAGGGGCCAAACACUCCUACGACAAAAAUAUUUGUUGGCAAUCUGACGGAUAACACGAAAGCGCCGCAAGUGCGCGAACUUUUCGCUAAAUACGGCACGGUCGUGGAAUGCGAUAUCGUGAGGAAUUACGGAUUCGUCCAUCUGGAAGCGACGGGCGACGUGAACGACGCCAUCAAGGAACUGAACGGACAAAUGGUCGACGGUCAACCGAUGAAGGUUCAGAUUUCUACGAGCAGAGUACGACAGAGGCCAGGAAUGGGGGAUCCCGAGCAAUGCUACCGAUGCGGUCGCGGCGGUCAUUGGUCCAAGGAAUGCCCGAAAGGAGGAAUGGGAGGAGGUCCGGAUAGAAACGGAUACAGGGACCGAAUGUUUGGACGCGACCCGUACCCUCCACCGCCGCCACCACCGUUCCUUCGGGAUCGGCUAAUGGGUGGUGGCCGCUUUGGAGAUUACGAAAGCUACUACGACAGAAGGGGCUUCGAGGACACCAGGGAUCUCUACGAGAGGCGGUUUACGGGUAUGACAGGGCCCUGUGACAUGGGAACAUCCAUGUGCGGGCUUGACUUUCCACCAAUGACAAUGCCACCUCUACCUCCAAGACGAGAUCCAAUGCCUCCUAUGCCUCCUCUAGGUAUGGGAUCCAUGCGCGACACUGGCUUCUCCCGUGGGAACGAGUAUGGCAUGUUCAGCCGCCGAUCACCCCCUCCAAGUGGCAACAACGGCCGGUUCAGUAGAGGCAUGUACGAGGACUUCAGCCGAGAUUCAUUCGAAGAGCGUAGAGAGGGUCUACUGCUAGGCAUGGGUAAUCCCCUUCUUGACAUUUCAGCAACCGUAGACGACAAUUUUUUAAAAAAGUACGAAUUAAAAUCGAACAAUGCUAUUCUUGCUGAAGAGAAACACAAAUCUAUGUACGAUGAAUUAAUUGAACUGUAUAAAGCAGACUUUAUUGCUGGAGGUUCUGUACAAAAUACAAUGAGAGUAGCGCAAUGGUUUCUGGAAAAACCAAGAGUCGCCACUUACAUGGGUUGCGUUGGGAUAGAUAAAUAUUCAAAAAUUUUAGAGGAGAGAGCAAAAGCUGAUGGUUUGAACGUUCGCUAUCAGUACACGAACAAAGAACCUACUGGUACCUGUGCAGUCCUUAUUACUGGAAAUGACCGUUCUUUAUGUGCCAAUUUGGCUGCUGCCAAUUGCUUUUCCCUUUCACACAUAGAAGAACCUGAAAAUAAAAAACUUAUAGAAGCAGCAGAAUACAUUUAUGUCUCUAGUUUCUUCUUGACUGUCAGCCCAGAAACGAUCCAGGCAGUUGCACAACAUGCUAAUGAAAAAAAUAAAAUGUUUAUGAUGAAUCUUAGUGCUCCAUUUUUAUGCGAAUUCUAUAAGACACCUAUGCUGGCAGCUCUUCCUUAUGUUGAUAUUUUAUUUGGUAAUGAAACAGAAGCAGAUACAUUUGCAAAACUAAAUGACUUUGGAACAACGGAUAGAAAAGAAAUUACCUUGAAACUGUCACAAAUGCCAAAAGUAAAUGAUAAGAGGCAAAGGGUCGUAGUGAUAACACAAGGAGCUGAUCAUAUAUUGGUAGCCAAAGAUAAUAAAGUGCAGGAAUUCCCUGCUAUUAAAUUACCAGCAGAAAAGGUUGUUGAUACAAAUGGAGCAGGAGAUGCUUUCGUUGGAGGUUUUUUGGCUCAACUCAUACAAGGUAAAGACAUAGAAGUUUGUAUAAAAUGUGGUAUUUGGGCAGCGACACAAAUUGUACAAAGAUCUGGAUGUACUUAUGAAGGAAAACCUACCUUCACCCUCUAAGAAUACUUAAUUAAAUAGUAUCAAUGAAUUUUGUACUUAAUAAAUGUACCUUAGCACUUUUAA